AAACAAAAACCAAAUCUGAAAUCCAGUAGACAUAGUUCGCCAAGUCCCAAGUUCAGCCCUGCGUGGCUGCGUUCUCCGUCUCCACUCUCCGAAGUCCGACUCCCUUCUCCUCCGGUCCUCCGUCUGCUCCACGGCAUCUCCUCCGACCUCCACCGGACCACUGCUCCAGUCUCCUAUCUCCACCAGCCCCUCUAGCGAGGGCGGCGAGUCAGUGUCGCCGACUCCACCCCGUCUCCACUGGAACACCGCUCCCACCUCCAUCCUGGUGGACUGCCUCACUGUGACUGCAUACUGCUGAGAUGUUUUAGCGGUAAGGGCACCAGCGUGCUUGGAAAUCGGAAUACAUGUACUAAGAAAUAAGGCGACCAAAAAGAUUGAACUUUGCCCUUAACAGAGCAUCCAAAAAGUAACUUUGGUUCAAAUCACAUUCUCUUGGAUAUUUUGAGCAGUUGAGUUGUCAAUAAAAGUGUGAAACUGGUUAUAGAGGGGGCUUCUUGAGUGCUUAAGAAUAUGAAAGAUUUGUACCCAAUUAUAUUUCUGUAGCUGCAAUUUUGUAUUUUGUGAAUGGGAUUGGUUGGAAUUUUGUGUUAGGCUUAAGAGCAUGAAUGUGCAACAAGUAUUGCCAUUGAAAUCAGCUUCAAUUUUGUGUGUAUAUCGCAUUUCGUGCUUUUUUCCUGUUUCUUUCAAGCAUGUGAAGAAUCCCAUUCAAUUCAAGAUGAUGUUAUGUGUGCCUAGUGUGGUGCAGCCUAGUAGACUGGGACAACAUGACUUUAAUUCAGUUGAGAGCUUUGCUGAAGAGAAUCUGAGUAGUUCUAGAAAUGGAGAGGAAGUAUCUUGUGUGUUGUACAAUGAGUCCAUAUGUUGGCUGUGUAAAGAAGGGGAUAUUGACAAGGCAAUGGCAAUGCUUGCUGAAAUGGAGGCUUUGGGGUUUCACCCAAAUGCAUUUUCUUAUGCUGGUUUGAUAACAGCACUUGGAAGUGUUGGGAGGACAUUGGAAGCCGAUGCAAUCUUCAAAGAAAUGUUAGUUUCGGGGAUUAGGCCAAGAGUAAAGGUAUAUAAUGUCUUACUCAGAAGCUUUUUGAAGAAAGGCCUCUUAAACCUAGCAGAUAAAGUCACAGAAGCAUUGGAUUUGUCGGGUGUUAGGGGAAAUAGGGAAACAUAUAAGAUACUUCUUGACUACUAUGUUUGUGCAGGGCGGUUGAAUGAUACUUGGUCUAUUAUUGCCAAGAUGAGAAGUGAGGGUUAUGAAUUGAAUUCUUACGUGUACAGUAAGGUUAUUGAGCUUUACAGGGACAACGGGAUGUGGAAGAAAGCACUAGCCGUAGUUGGAGAGAUUCAGGAGAUGGGGCUGCAACUGGACAAGCGGAUCUAUAAUUGCAUCAUUGAUACUUUCGGAAAGUAUGGUGAGUUAGGAGAAGCCUUGGAAGUGUUUAAGAAGAUGCAACAAGAAGCGAUAGAACCUGAUAUCAGAACAUGGAAUUUGCUAAUUGGAUGGCACUGCAAGUAUGGGAAACUAGAUAAAGCUAUUGAUUUGUUCAACUGGAUGCUUGAACAAGGGCUCUAUCCUGAUCCAAAGAUCUUUGUUGUCAUUAUUACUCGUCUAGGGGAGCAAGGGAGGUGGGAUGUUAUAAAGAAAAAUUUUGAGAAUUUGCAAUGCCUAGGACAUCAUAAGAGUGGUGCUAUUUAUGCUAUUUUGGCUAACAUUUAUGGACAGUAUGGGAAAUAUCGGGAUCCAGAAGAUUGUAUAAAUGCUUUAAAAUCAGCCGGUCUCCAACUUUCACCUAGCCUGUUCUGUCUUCUGGCAAAUGCCUAUGCUCAGCAGGGGUUAUGUGAGCAGACUGUAAAGGUUUUGCAGAUCAUGGAAUCUGAUGGCAUGGAACCAAACCUUAUUAUGCUAAAUGUCUUGAUAAAUGCUUUUGGCACUGCUGGCAGGCAUAUGGAGGCACUCUCCAUUUACCAUCACAUGAAGGAGAUAGGUAUAAGUCCUGAUGUGGUCACAUACAGUACCAUUAUGAAGGCCCUUAUGCGGGCAAGGAAAUUCGAUCAGGUCCCAAAGAUAUAUGGUGAAAUGGAAUCUGCUGGAUGUACACCUGACAGAAAAGCUAGAGAACUGUUGAAGGCUGCAGCAAUGGUCCUUCAACAAAGACAUCAUUAGUUUUCAGUGUAGAAGUUUGUCUGUUGAUGGGAUCUUGCGUUUCUGUUAUUAUCUUGUUCAUAUAUGUUGAAUUUGAAAGAUCCAAAGGCCUGGCGGGUGGAGAAUAACAACCAUCCGUCAAUUAGGGGGAAGCAAAGAUGAAGAAUCAAGGAAUGAGAAUAUUUAUAUAA